AUCAUCACCAGCAGGAUUGCACCUUCCCUGAAAAGCCGGGCCAACUUUCGUCGCCGAGCUCUGGGCCUAUAAAUCUUUGCGCAGCUUGCAAAUUCUCUUCCCUUUCUUCUCUCUUUCACCACACCUCACACUCACGCUUGGAGUGCCUGGGGCGACAAUCCGCCAGCUCUCAACUCCAUUCAUAUCCUCAUUGACACUCACAAUCACAUACACAAACGGAAACAUGCCUCGCCCAGCGGCUAACUUUUUCGACCCCAGUUGGUUCGCCGGCCGGAUCGUGACCAUCUACCUUGGUCCUGAUCUCCAGGCGCGGAACGUUCACGAGAAAUUGCUGACGCAGAAUUCACCCUUCUUUACCCGCUUGCUUAGUGGCGGAACACGUGCGACGCUCACUUCUGGCGAGGGCCUUGCUGGUCCCGCCUCGCCUGCCAGCUAUCAGGAUCUCGGCCAGACUCAGGCCUCUGUUCAGCAGCCUCAUGGUUUUGGUCAGGCUCAGGGUCUUAGUCCAGCCUCCAGUCCUGCCAACACUCCUACUUCACAGAAUGAGGAACCCAUCAGACUUCCUGAUGUCGACCCCAAGCUCUUCAACAUCUUUCUGCGUUGGGGCUAUGGCAAUGCUUUUGCUCUCUCUGGCAACACGGGCUCGUUUCGGCUCCCGGCUCCUUACGAAGAUUCUGAAGGGGAGAGUGCCACUAUCCGUGAUUACCUCGGUGUCUACGUUCUCGGCUACAAAUUCGAGUGCGUCGGCCUCCGCAACGCCUGCGUUGAUGUCCUCUACGAUUACCUGGGCCCUGCCUCUGCCGAUCACGUCUGUCUCAGCAUGCAGGACGUCGCCUUUGUCUUUGAGAACACCCCCAAGGAAUCCCCCAUGCGACGCUUCCUCGUUGCCCACCUCCUCUUCUACAUCUUUUGCCUCAACCGCCGGGGCACACCCCUCCCAGAGGAAUGGGGCACCGUCCUUGAGAAGGGGGACUUUGGGAUCUCCUGGACUUUGAUCCGCAUGCUGGGUGACUGGAACUGGGCCAUAGGUGACAAUGUUCCGGUAAUGAUCAUCAAGCCGCGCUCCGAGUUUUAUGAGAAGACGCCCGCCCAGAUGCAGAGGCUGCAUUACCUUGCGAGUGUGGGACGCAUAAGCAGUGUGCCGGAGAAUAGCGAGAGCAGCACCAAUGCUGUGAUGAUCAAGAGGGAGGAUGGGGCGGUUGAGAGUGUUGGUCAGUCGGGUCUUCGACAGGCUGCCACGACGGUUCAGGGCUUGAAUGGGGAGGCUGCUCAGGCUCCGAUGACGCCUUCUCGGGGCAACGUCCUUCCUGGGUCGAGGGUUGGUCCUGUUCGGACUAAUCGCAGGUUUGGCCGUGGUGGUCCUGGGGGGGAUCACCCUGCUGAGCCGUACCAUAUUGAUGGUUGAGGGGCUUUUUUCUCUCGACUUCUCGCCUUUUCUUUCUUGGCCGUCUUCUUUUCUUCUGCGGUGUCAUUAUCGUCAACUUUUUCGGCCAACGGAUAUGGAAUAAGGUGAUAGAAGGGUGGCAUGCAUUUCCUUUCUCUCAUCAUCAAGGAGCAUGGCUGGCGUUUUGCGGUUUCUUUCAUGGUGCGAUACCCAGGGCGGCGGUUUUCACUUUGAGUUUCGGGAGGAAAGAGAAGGGAGGAGAGAGACUUGCCUUGAUGCAGCGUGGGGGUUUGCUCAGCAAGGUAGCAGGUUACUUUAGUUAGAGGGGG